UUAUGCCUUAACAAAUCUAUAACCUAUAAAAAUUGGAACGUCAAACUUGUUUAUAAAGUGUUAACCUAUUUUACUCACUAUUGAAUCGAUCAACAAUAGAUAUGGAGAAACAAUACGAAAAGAUUUUCAUAACAGUUGGCACGACACGAUUCGACUUGCUUUGUGAAUAUAUUCUAACACCAUCCGUUCUUACUGCAUUGAAAAGUAUAGGUUGCAAAGAGGUUACAUUUCAAAUCGGAAACAGUGAUGAAACCCCUGGAAAUUACGAAAAAGAAGGAGUGAAAUUAGUUUUAUAUAGAUUCAAAGACUCUAUACGAGAGGAUAUAAAACGUGCCGAUUUAGUAAUAAGCCAUGCCGGCGCUGGAAGCUGUUUAGAAGUAUUAGGAGAAAACAAACCACUGUUAGUUGUUGUAAAUGAGGAUUUAAUGGAUAAUCACCAACUAGAACUGGCUGAACAGUUACAAGUCGACGGCCAUCUAUACUAUUGCACUUGUGAUACAUUAGUUACCACAUUAAACAUGGUGGAUUUUAAAUUAUUAAACUCAUUUCCUAAGGCUAAUCCGUCACUCUUUGUCAAGUAUUUAGAUGAUAUUUUCAGGGUAAAGCCGUGUAUAGAUUGAUAGUACACAUAGCUAGAAAUUGAGCACUAAUAAUAGUGGUUAAUUUCUAGCAUAAAAAUCUAUUAUUACUAACUAUAAUUAACUACUAUUACUUACAAAUUACAUUGUCUAGCUGUGUCCCCCAAACUAUAAAGUUUAUUGAAACUUUCAGGCAAUUUCAUAAGAAGUAUUUCCUUCAGUUUGACAUUAGCUACUUUGAGAUAUAUUAUAAUUCACCUAAACAAGUCUAGGUGCAGGUCAUAUCCAACUUGUCAGUUUAGAAAUCUCCAAGAAAAACCUAUGUGCAGGAAUCACCAGAGACAUCCUUCAGUUGAUUAUUUAAAAAAAAUUUAAGCUGAAAUUUUAAUUCCAUAUUAUUUAAGUUAUGGACCUUAUAUACCUAUAGUUGUAUAAAGUCUACUUUAAUGUAAAAAUAUAUUAAUUAUGUGCAUAAAUAAAAACAUAUACCUGUA